AUGACUGAUGCAAAACAAAGGCGACAAAAAGAAGCACAAGAACAUAUAAGCAAAGCCGAAAAAUGUCUGAGGACAUCUUUUAUGAAAUGGACUCCAGAUUUAGACGGAGCCGCUUCAGAGUAUACUCAAGCAGCUACUUGCUAUAGAAAUGCCAAGAUGUUAACUGAAGCUAAACAAGCAUACGUCAAAACAGCAGAAAUACAAUGCAAAAUGAAUUCCCCUUUCCAUGCAGGAAAAUCAUACGAACAAGCAGGACUUAUUGCUAAAGAAAACAAAGAGAUUGAAGAUUGUGUCAAUAUGCUUACCAAGGCAGCUAGGUUGUUCCAAGAGAAUGGCACUCCAGAUACAGCGGCAUUAUGUUUAGAGAAAGCAGCAAAAUCAGUAGAACUGUCACAUCCUGUUAAAGCAGCAGAAUUGUACAGAAAUGCUUGUGAUAUUUCGGAGCUUGAAGAUAAUCCAAGAAGAUGUGCUGAAUUUAUUGGGAAAUCAGCUUUAUUAUUAAUUAAGGAACAACGGUAUGAAGAAGCAUUGGAGGCUUUAAAGAAAGAAAUAGAUUUCCACGCUCAGAGUGAGAACUUUCCAAAGAUUAACAGAUGUAUGGUUGGUGUAGUUCUGGUUUAUCUGUAUAAUGGGGAUCCAGUUGAAGCAGGAAAAUUUUUUCAGCAGUCAAUGAGCCAUGGUACACUUGGAGCUUCUGAAGAAGCUGGGAUUAUUGAUGAAUUAUUGAGUGCUUAUAAUGAUGGAGAUGAGGAAAGUGCUGUAGAGGUUUUAACCAGACCUUACAUCAAAUUUAUGGAUAAUGCUUUUGCUAAACUAGCCAAAUCAAUGGUUAUACCAGGGGGCAUAGGAAAGAAAGGUGGUAAACCAGUCUCAGAGACAGAAGGAAAGUCAAGGGUUCAAAUAGAUGAUGAUGAGGAUGAGUUUGAAGGAGGACUAACGUGAUAAAGAUUAUUAAAAGUAUAUUCCAAUGUGCAAUGUGCAAUGAAUGUUUCCAUUACAGAUUUAAGAAUUAAUUUAUACUGUUAAUAUAUUUUGUUUUCACAAUUGUAAAUUUGUCUCCUAGCUUGUUAUAUUGCAUUUGGUUGUUUUUGAUUAUGAAUUUUAUAAAUCUUAGAAAAUAAUAUUUAUAUGAUAACUAUGUAGACAAUGGUAGAGGGUAAUUAUAUUCUAAGCAGACAUAAAGUCACAGGACAAAAAAGGCACAAAUAAUUUGUUUAUCAUUAUGUCAAUAUAUAUGUAAGAAUUAUGGCUGUUUUUGUUUUUUUCUUCUUUUUAUUACGUAAAUAUUCAUAUUACAAUUAGAAAAUAGUUUAUAACCCAUGACAUGAUAAGUGAAGAUUGAUCAAAUCUUCAUCAUUCAAAGUAUGCAAAAAUGUAUAUUACUUGGCAGCAUUAACAUGGUGAAACUAUAUAAUAAGUACCAAGCCACUUUGACAAAUGGUUUUCCUUACAUAACUGAUUUUUCUUAGAAAGAUUUUUUUCUACAAACUUGUCGCUUUAUAUGAUAGUUCAAGAUUUUUUUUUUUAUGAAAAUGAUUGUUUUCUUAUUCAUUCAAAUAAUGCAAAGAAAAAUUAUCUUAAAACUGAAUUGUGAUUAUUUUCACUGAUGACUUUAUGUCUGUGACUUAAAGAAUCAUAUCAUUAGUCUUUUAAUUUUGUCCUGUGACUUUUUGUCUGACAUUAUGUGUAGUGCAAUUAUGCAAAAUGUAAUAGGAUACUCAUACAUGUAUUUCAGGGUCUUCUAGGUCUGGUCCAAGAUUUACUAUGUUAUUUAGACCAGUUUAAUUCAUUUUGUCUACGCAUACAAAACAAGAAACAGGAAUAUAUGCAUUCCAAUCAAAUAAGUUGAUAUUAUGCAGAUGUACACUGUACUACAUGUACUAUUAAAUUAAAGUCAUAAGAAACCUCAAAUUAAAAAAAUAUGAUGCAUAUGUUUUUUUGUAACUAAACAUGCUAAAUGGAUAGUUUUCAUUAUAAAACUUUAUGAACAUAUACUUUUUACUAGAUAAAAUUUUAUGAUUUGUCCACAUUUAGAAGAAGUUGACUUUUUUUAAUUGCUUGCUUGGCAAAUUAAUCCAAACUUGGCCACAAUCAUCUUUGGGGUAUCUAGUUUAAAAAAAAAAUGUGUCCAGUGACCCGGACAUCAAACCAAGAUGGCUGCCAUGGCUAAAAAUAGAACAUAGGGGUAAAAUGCAGUUUUUGGCUUAUAACUCAAAAACCAAAGCAUUUAGAGUAAUUCUGACAUUGGUAAAAUUGUUUAUCAGGUCAAGAUCUAUCUGCCCUGAAAUUUUCAGAUGAAUCGGACAACCUGUUAUUGGGUUGCUGCCCCUGAAUUGGUAAUUUUAAGGAAAUUUUGCUGUUUUUGGUUAUUAUCUAGAAUAUUAUUAUAGAUAGAGAUAAACUGUAAACAGCAUUAAUGUUCAGCAAAGUAAGAUUUACAAAUCUGUCUGCAUGACCGAAAUGUUCAGUUGACCCCUUUAGGAGUUAUUGCUCUUUAUAGUCAAUUUUUAACCAUUUUUCGUAAAUCUUAGUUAUCUUUUACAAAAAUCUUUCUACUAAU